AUGGCCGGGGGAUGUGCCGCUGCUACCAGGUGCGGGAAACUCCGUGUCCCGCUGGAGCUCCGACUGCAGGUCGAGGGUCUCCCUCCUAUGGCCAGGGUACUAUGCAUGGUGUCCAUGCUGUUACUGCUGGUGCUCUACUCUCCAGGGGUGUCCUCGGCCCCCAACCAGCACCUGUGUGGCUCCAGCCUGGUGGACGCCCUCUACUUUGUAUGUGGAGAGCGGGGCUUUUUCUACAGGCCAAACCGACCCUACAAGCGAGACCUGGAGCACCUGCUCGGGUUCCUGCCUAAAAGGGCCAAUCAGGCGCAGCGGCUGCGGAGUGCUCGGUCUGGCCGUGAAGAGCCCAAGGUGAAGAGAGGCAUCGUGGAGCAGUGCUGCCAUAAGCCAUGCAGCAUUUAUCACCUGGAGGGCUACUGCAACUGA